GAGUGACACGAUGAAAGGAAAGGCCAAAAUUUUGCGAUCGGACACGUUAAACGCGAGUUCUCCGCGCAUUAAAUCGGCGAAGAUGCCCAUCGACGGGCGAAGCUCAAACAUGAAUUCCAGGGGAAAAAAUUCGGUAAACGUGAGGCCGCAUUCGGCGGUCGAAGGAAAAAAAAUCGGCGUUAAUUCAGCAUCUGAGAAAAGGACAGAAACUAUGAAUGAAACAUUCGCUCAAACGAACGUCGACGAUCGUCGAUAUCGCGUCAAUAAACUUUCCAAUGAAACGCAUCAGCCGGCAAGAACGUUUAAGCACGUCGCCGAGUCAAACAGCGACAAACGAAUAUACGCAAUGAACGAAGAAGAUGAUACGAAUCCUCGUUCUAGAAAUUCCGCAAAUAAUAAAAUUAAUCGGACCAACGUAACUGUUUCGCAAUCAGCAACCGAGGAGAAGAACGAGAAUACAUUCACGUUGACAGAUGCUUCGCCGCGAGAAGUAGAAGUGGAAACGGAGAAGAGGAAAUUCUUCUCCAGGUUACCGAUAAGAACGUGGAAACGUCUGAGAACGAAAGAACCUGCCGCAUUGCGUCUUGAGAGCGAAUAUACGAAGGGAGAUGAUAACCAAAAGCUUCAAGCAGAUGACAUCGCGACUACGAACUUGAACGAUCAUAUGGAGGAAAUAAAAGACGAUGAAGUCCGCGAAGAGAUUCAGACAAUUCAUGCAAGCGCAGAUCGUAGCGAUGUAAAACGGAGCAAUCGUUUCGGAAUAAAAUUACUUAGUGCUAAUAAAUCGAAAACAACUUCCUCCAAUAUUAAAAAUAUAAAGGGACUCAAGGGCUUAAGCGCGAUGAAGAGAACGAGCGAGCAACAAAAGAAGAGAAUGAAUAUCAAGUAA